GUCACAGAGCGAAGAAGAAGAAAGAAGAAAGAAGAAAGAAGUAGUAGAAGCAGAAGUAGAAGCAGUAGUUGAAGAGAGAGAAGCGAAGACAGAUAAUAAAAAAUCAGAAGCAAGAGAAGAAAGAAAAAAGAAGAAGAUCAAUCGUGAAUGACGAGCACUGGUGAAUUGAUUUUGCCACCCGGUUUCAGAUUUCACCCCACGGACGAAGAAUUAGUAAACCAUUAUCUGUGUAGAAAAUGUUCUUCGCUUCCGAUCGCAGUUCCCAUAAUCAAAGAGAUCGAUUUAUACAAAUUCGACCCAUGGCAACUUCCUGAAAUGGCUCUUUACGGUGAGAAGGAGUGGUAUUUCUUUUCCCCAAGGGACCGAAAAUAUCCAAACGGUUCAAGGCCGAACCGAGCCGCAGGAACCGGUUAUUGGAAAGCGACUGGGGCCGACAAGCCCAUUGGAAAGCCCAAACCACUUGGAAUAAAAAAGGCCCUAGUAUUCUACGCGGGCAAAGCCCCCAAAGGUGUCAAGACCAACUGGAUCAUGCACGAAUAUCGCCUCGCUAACGUGGAUCGCUCCGCUGGGAAGAAAAACAACUCUCGGUUAGACGAUUGGGUGUUGUGUCGAAUCUACAAUAAAAAGGGUAGCAUAGAGAAAAACUAUCCAACGAAUCAGGUGAUGAAGAUGGAGGAAUUCCCUGAAAUUGAGGACACAAAACCCCAAAUUAUUCCCUUGGCUUUCCACAACGACCACUUGUAUAUGGACACGUCGGAUUCCGUACCGAAGCUGCAUACGGACUCGAGCUGCUCGGACCACGUGCUUUCUCCCGAGGUCACGUGCGAUAGGGAGGUUCAGAGUGAACCCAAAUGGAAUAAUAUUAGUGAUGAUGUGUUAGAUAAUGCCUUUGAUUUUAACUUCAACUUCAUGGAUGGGUUCUCAGAUGACCCUUUUGGGUCUCAGCUGCAAAUUCAAUACCCAAACCCAAUGGAUCAGCUCUCCCCAUUCCAGGACAUGUUCUCCUUCAACUUCGUGCAGAAACCCUAUUAAUCAUCUACUUAUUAAACAAAAUUAAAAAAAAUGGGUAACCUUCAUUUGGGCCCAAGAUUAUUUUAUUAGAAAUAUAUAGAAAUUGCAGAAAUUUCAGCAUAUUCUUGUAAUGUGGCCCAGGAAAUCUUUGUCUUGAUUCGUCCACAACUGAAAAAUGUCAGAGAGAUUAAUAGCUUGCCCAGAUUGGAAGACCAAAUUUGUGGGUUUUGAGAAUGGAAUGGGUAUUGUUUGGUGGAGUUGGAGUUGAAUGAUGGAUUUGAUCGUACGGUGGUGAGAAGUAGUUGAAUGAUCAUGAUCUUGAACAGGUCAGGGGAUGGUAUGGCUCCUAUUAGCUGAUAGUCAUGUUAAUAGUACGUAUGACUGUAGAAAAUUCUUGUAUUGGUCUGAUCUGAUCGAUUGUAGCAAAAUUUAUUUUAUUAAUAUUUUUUUUGAAUAUAAUGGAAUAGUCAUGUUGCUACAAAUUAGAAAUUGCAUGUGCUCAUGAACUUUGUAAAAAUUAAAAUAUGGGCUUCAUGUAACUAUUUAAUAUGAAAAUUAAUUCUCAUAUUCCCAUACUAAAUUCUGAAAUAAAAUCCUAAACUUACUUUUCCUCUUC